AUGGCGCUGCCUCUAUGGAAGGGGCUGGUGGGCAUCGGCCUCUUUGCUCUGGCCCACGCUGCCUUCUCCGCUGCACAGCAUUGUUCUUAUAUGAGAUUAACAGAAAAGGAAGAUGAAUCACUGCCAAUAGAUAUACUUCUUCAGACACUUCUGGCCUUUGCAGUGACCUGUUAUGGUACGGUUCAGAUGGCAGGGGAAUUUAAAGACAUGGGUGCCACUUCUGAGCUCAAAAGUAAGACAUUUGACACGUUAAGGAAUCACCCCUCCUUUUACGUAUUUAAUCACCGCGGGAGAGUACUAUUCCGGUCUUCAGAUCCAGUGAACUCUUCAAAGCAAGAUGCGCUGUUGUCCCGUACAUCGUUGAAGUUAAGGAAAUUUGAAUCACUGAGCCGUUAG